AUGACAUUCAUUGUCAACGGAGUGCCAUUGGAAAUGGAGUUAGACUCAGGUUCUCCAGUUUCCAUAAUCUCGAAGGACACCUACCUGCAGCACCAAGGAGCUUUGCCAGUGCUUUCGCAGACAGACGUCAAGCUCAACUGCAUACGUGGAACCAUACCGGUGCAGGGAACGUUGUCUGUCCAUGUACGUCUAGGCAAAACUGCAAGUCAGCAGACACUGCUUGUGGUAGCUUGCAAGAGUCCCAGCUUAUGCGGUAGAGAUUGGCUUGCAACCUUCAAUCUUCUGCCACGCCAAGUAAACGGAACGCAGAUGGAUUGUGCCACAGUAGAGAUCGUACGUGCGAUGCUCUUGGAAUUUGAAGGCAUUUUCAAACCGGGGUGUGGGACACUAAAAGGACCACCAGUGCAUGUCAAGGUUCGACCUGAUGCGGAACCACGGUACUACAGGCCUCGUUCAGUGCCAUAUGCACUUCGAGUCAAGGUUGAAGAAGAACUUCAGCGGCUGGAACAUGAAAACAUAAUCACGCCAGUGGACCAUUCCGAUUGGGCUUCACCAAUAGUGCCAGUUCUAAAAGCGGAUGGGCAAAGUGUCAGGAUCUGCGGCGACUAUAAGAUCGGAGUCAAUCCAGCAGUGGUGACAACACAGUACCCAUUACCUAAAGUGGAAGAUAUAUUUGCGUCAUUUCAAGGUGGGGUCAAGUUUUCCAAACUGGAUUUUCGAGAGGCUUACAACCAAGUCCCAGUGGAUGAAGAGACCAGCAAGCUACUGGUCAUCAACACGCACAGAGGUCUCUUUGCCUACAAUCGCCUGGCAUACGGCGAAUCCUCAGCCCCUGCCCUCUUCCAAAGAUGA